AUGGUAAACUGCUCCUUGAACAUCUCAUCUGGUGUGAGACAGCAGUGUGGGAACACUACUGAAUUUCUGCUGUGCUGCUCACCUACUGAUGUGACGGUCUUGACUUCUUUUACCAUUCAGGCUUACAGGAAGCUUGCCAAAGAGUACCAUCCCGAUAAGAAUCCAAACGCAGGUGAUAAGUUCAAAGAAAUAAGCUUUGCCUAUGAAGUUCUCUCAAAUCCUGAGAAACGCGAAUUAUAUGACCGAUAUGGAGAACAAGGCCUUCGAGAAGGGAGUGGCGGAAGCGGCGGAAUGGACGAUAUUUUCUCCCACAUAUUUGGUGGGGGACUGUUUAGUUUCAUGGGCGGUCAGAGUAGAAGUCGGAAUGGAAGAAGAAGAGGCGAAGAUAUGAUGCAUCCGCUCAAAGUUUCUCUAGAAGAUCUAUAUAAUGGAAAGACUACCAAACUACAGCUUAGCAAGAAUGUCCUUUGUAGUGCGUGUAACGGUCAAGGGGGUAAAUCCGGAGCAGUUCAGAAGUGCGCUGCUUGCCGGGGCAGAGGUGUGCGCAUCAUGAUCAGACAGCUGGCCCCGGGGAUGGUUCAGCAGAUGCAGUCUGUCUGCUCUGACUGCAAUGGAGAAGGGGAAGUAAUUAACGAGAAAGACCGCUGUAAAAAAUGUGAAGGGAAGAAGGUGAUAAAAGAAGUGAAAAUCCUUGAAGUUCACGUAGAUAAAGGCAUGAAGCAUGGGCAGAGGAUCACUUUCACCGGGGAAGCGGAUCAAGCCCCAGGGGUCGAGCCAGGGGACAUCGUCCUCCUGCUUCAAGAAAAAGAGCACGAGGUGUUCCAGAGAGAUGGGAACGAUUUGCACAUGACGCACAAGAUAGGACUUGUGGAGGCCCUCUGUGGCUUUCAGUUCACAUUUAAGCACCUUGAUGGGCGCCAGAUUGUGGUGAAAUAUCCUCCAGGAAAAGUAAUUGAGCCAGGCUGUGUCCGCGUCGUUCGAGGGGAAGGGAUGCCUCAGUACCGCAAUCCUUUCGAAAAGGGAGAUCUUUAUAUAAAGUUUGAUGUGCAGUUUCCUGAAAAUAACUGGAUUAGCCCAGAAAAACUUUCAGAACUUGAAGAUCUUCUGCCUGCCAGACCAGACAUCCCCACCAUAAUUAGCGAUGCAGAGGAGGUAGACCUCCAAGAAUUUGACAGCACCCGCGGCUCAGGGGGUAGCCAGAGGCGUGAAGCUUACAAUGAUAGUUCUGAUGAAGAAAGUGGCCAUCAUGGACCUGGGGUUCAGUGCGCCCAUCAGUAAAAAAAAUAAACAAAAAUGGCUGGGGUGUCAGGGAGGGUGGGGAAGAGUUACACAUGAAUUUUUCUCUUCAAAAUUUGCCUGACAUUUUUUUCAGCAAUUGGGUUGAGUACACAAUCUACACAAGCCCAGUGGACAUUUGUUGCUGUCUGUGUAACUUUUAAAUUGGUCCAUAAGUAUAUCCGGAGUGUAUAAUUUAAACUAACCACACACAAAAAGCUUACAUCUUUUUUUUUUUUUUUGACUGAUUGUUUGUGUAGCAAAAUAAAAGGCACUUCGAAAGAAGACGAGACUCUUUCUCCCCUUUUCACUUGGGUUAAGUUUUCAGUCAUUGGACUUGUGCUUGAUUUUUACCAGUUUUUGUGUAGAUUUUAAGUUCUAUAUUUUAAAUUCAAAUUCUACUUUGUAAAGUUUUGUGUAAAACUGUCCCGAGGCUUGGUAUUUGGCUGCACCUGCAUAAGCUGCUACAAAUAGAAUAAAGAAUUUCAUAGCCUGUAUCUAUCACUUUUAGAUGCAUGGUAAGGAAAAAAAAAGGCUUGGCACCAAAAGGGUUAGAACGGAUGGGGAACCAUGGAAGAUUAACAAAACAAAACAGAAAUGGUUGUAAAAGGUUUUUUUACCAUCUUGUGAAAGCUUUUGGAAACGAAAUAAAAGCCGUUGAUGUAUAA